AUGCUGACCACCCCUCCGGGCGCUCCAGGUCAAUAUGUCCCUCCGCCAGGCGCACCCCAAGCCGACUACCGAAGCCCCCCUCCUGGUGGUGCUGGCUAUGGCGCUCCUCCCCAGCAGGGCCUGCCUGCGCCUGCGGCCUCUGGAAGCGUCGACCUGAGUGCCAUCCGCCCGGUAAACUCGGGUACCAUGAGCUUCGACGACGUGCUUUCAAAAGCACGUGCAUUUGCGGCUGCGAAAGGCGUCGCCUCUUACGACCAACCCCUCGUCUAUGGUGCUGAAUCGAGAGACUCUGACCCGUCAUACGGACGCCCGCGAUCGAGGUCACCUCAACGCGACCAUCAUAAUGACCGCCGUGGAGGUCACGGUCGCGAUCACGGCCGAGACCGGUCUUGGUCCCCGCCCUCGCGCGGUAGACACUCUCCUCGUGGCGGCAAGGGUCGCGAUCGAUCGCCUCUCCGUUCUGGAGGAGGCGGCGACGAGAAUUCCGAGACCAUUCAGAUCGAGUCAAGCCUUGUCGGGCUUAUCAUUGGCCGCAACGGCGAGAACUUGCGCAGAAUUGAAGGCGAAUCGAACUGCCGCGUACAAUUCCUUUCCCCUGCCGACGGUGGUCCUUUCCGCCAGUGCAGAAUCACUGGUCCCGCUCCGCGCCGCGCCGAGGUCAAGGAUGCCAUCAACCGCAUCAUUGAAGACAGCGGCAUGGGCGCGCUGAACCGUGCCGAGGAAAAGUCUAGCCAGGGUGCGGCUGGUGGCCUGCGCGACGGCGAGGAUCACAUGCAAAUCAUGGUUCCAGAUCGAACUGUCGGUCUCAUCAUUGGCCGCGGCGGCGAGACGAUUCGCGAUUUGCAGGAGCGCUCAGGCUGCCACAUCAACAUUGUGCACGAGUCCAAGAGCGUUAACGGCCUCCGACCUGUCAAUCUCAUUGGCACGCCAACGGCCACAGCUCGCGCCAAGGAAUCCAUUCUUGAAAUCGUCGACAGCGACAGCCGCGCUGACGCUCCUCAAGGGGGAGCACUCGGUGGCGGUGGCAGCAAGCCUCCUCCCAUGUCGCGCGGUGGUGGCCAGUCUAGGGAUAACCACUUCCAGCACAACAACCCCUACGAUGGGCCGGGCAAAGUGACUGACGCUAUCUACGUCCCGUCUGAUGCGGUCGGCAUGAUUAUCGGCAAGGGCGGCGAGACGAUUCGCGAGAUUCAGGCCCAAGCCGAGUGCAAGAUCAACGUGGCGCCGUCGUCUGGUCCGGGCGAGGUGCAGCGUGAAAUUUCGCUGAUUGGCGCGCCAGAAAGCAUCGAACGCGCCAAGCAGCUGAUUGACGAAAAGGUCGAAGCAAUGAAACAAAAGAAUGCCGGAGGUGGCGGCAGAGGCGGUCGUGAUCGCCACGACGGCGGAGGCCGAGGAGGUCACCACGACCGCGGACACGGCGACCGUGGAAACAAUUACUCGCAGCCCUCGUCUUCUACUAACGCACCGCCGCAAGGCGCCUCAGGUGAUGCCUCGGAUCCAUAUGCACAGUACGGCGGCUAUCAAAACUACGUGGCCCUUUGGUACCAAUCCUUGGUGUACCAGCAACAGCAGCAAGGCGGAGGGGAAGGCACCCCCUCCGCUGGAGCGCCGCCGAAAUGA